CUCAGUGUGGUCCUGGAUUUUUCUCUCCUAAUGGUUUACCUCCCUGUUACUCAUGCCCAACAAACACAUUCUGGGUGAAUGCUACAAACUGUCUUCCCUGCCUGGCAGAUAGAGUAACCAGAGGUAAUGGGGCUAAAAGUCAGAUGGAUUGCAAAGCCUCAUGUCCUCCUGGAACUUUCAAUGAAAUUGACGGCCAUGAGAACUGCAUGGCAUGCCCUUUACACCACUACAGUGAUAAAACAGCAGCCCUUUCCUGUACAGAAUGUAGUCGUAAUCAGUACACUAAUUCUACUGGCAAAACUAGCAUCAGUGACUGUCUAACAUUAAGCCAAGCACAGUGCUUCUGCCAAAAUGGAAAUUGUGUGGAUCGUCUGCCACACAUCAAAUCCUGUGUUUGCUCUGAUGGCUGGACUGGAGAAUACUGCAAUAAGUCAUUAGACCCUUGUGCUUCUCACCCUUGUUACAAUGGAGGAAUAUGUGCCGGAAAUGGAACCACCUAUACUUGUACAUGUCCUGCAGGAACGCAGGGGACACAGUGUCAGGUUAUCAUCAAGACCUGCACAGAUGAUUACUGUCAAAACAAUGGCAUGUGUGAAAACCUGGUCAGCAGGCCAGUGUGUCAUUGUCUGACUGGAUUUACAGGGGACAGAUGUCAGAUAGUGCAAAAUAUAUGUGCAUCAGCACCAUGCAGAAAUGGAGGAAUUUGUACAGCCAUUGGUGGAGUGCGUUUCUCUUGUUCCUGUCCAUCUGGUUUCACUGGGCGGUCUUGUGAAGAGAGUACAGAUGACUGUUAUGGACGUCCUUGUCGGAAUAAUGGUACAUGCAGGGAUGGCUAUCUGACAUCCACUUGUGACUGUGACCCAGCAUACACAGGACGAAACUGUGAAACUCGAAAUAAGCUUUGUGGCACUGUUGAUUGUGGUCCAGAAGCUAUGUGUUUGGAAAAUGAGAUUAACAAUACCUACAUAUGUAUUUGCAAGGAAUACACAGAACUUAACUCAAGUACAAUGACUUGCAAGGUCAAAGAUUUUUGUGCCAGAAAUCCCUGUUUGAAUAAUGGCUCUUGUACCUCCACUGGCUCAUCUUUUAAUUGUGUGUGUCCAUUUGGAUAUGGAGGCUCCCUUUGUCAGCUAAACAUCAAUGAUUGUUUGAGUAUGCCCUGUCAAAAUCGAGGGCAGUGCUAUGAUCUGAUCGGGACAUUUUACUGUAACUGUUCUGGAACAGGUUUCCAAGGUGACAGAUGCAACAUUCAAGUAGAUGAUUGUGCCUCACAACCAUGCAUUGCCACUGGAACUGAUGCCUGUGAGGAUAUGGUAAAUGGCUACCAUUGCCGCUGCAAAGCUGGUUACACUGGUAGCAACUGUGAGACUGACAUCAAUGAGUGUGACUCAGAUCCCUGUCUGCACAAUGCCACGUGCAUAAACAUGGUGAAUGCCUAUGUCUGUCAGUGUCCUGUUGGAUGGGUCGGAAGCAACUGUGAAACUGAAAAUAAACUUUGCACUACUACUACAUGUCUUAAUGGUGCCAUGUGUGUUGACUAUUUCAAUGGGUACUUUUGCGCGUGCAAUCCAAACACAUAUGAGAGAAACUGUUCUGCUCGUGUCAAUAUUUGCCAGGUGACAAAUCCAUGCAUUCAUGGCACUUGUCAAGACAGUAAUGGCAGUUUCCAGUGUAAUUGUGAUGAAGGUUAUGAAGGAGAUCAGUGUGGAAUCCAACAAAAUUUCUGUAACACAACUCUGAGUGUAUGUAAAAAUAGUGGGCAUUGUAUACCCCAGCUUGACAAUUAUGAGUGCAUAUGUUCACAAGGCUACACAGGGAAAAACUGUUUGUCCACUGUUGACAACUGCAGUCUCUGUCCGUCUGGGUCUACCUGUCUUAAUGUAGAUGGGAAGGUGUACUGCAGAUGUCCUCUGGAUAAAGAGGGACAUAACUGUGAUAAAG